UCUUAGUUAGCGUUGGACCAGUAGCAUAUAUAUAUAUAUAUUAAUUCGCUUCCGUGGGCAAUUAGCUAGCUCAAUGGAAGUAUAUAUAAAUUGCAUCUAUACCAUCCUUAGCUUCUUGUGAAAAACUAUCGAUCCGGUCUAUAUAUUUGUGUGGAAUAAUCUAAUACUGACUGCAGAUCGAGCCAUUGCGCUGAAGAAUGAAUGGAAGACAACCCUGCAACAAAAUUUUUACAGAUGUGAUCUUGUCGCCCAACUCUGUCUUGCCUGAGUUCUUCGUCAAGAAUACUACUAUUGCAAGCAAGAGGAGCUCAUUGCUUACCAAGUGCGUGCGAGAUGUGCUAGAGUUUGCCAAGGAGGACAGCAACAGAGUGGUCUUUGCCCUCAAGGUUGGCCUCGCCAUGCUCCUUGUCUCCCUGCUCAUCCUAAUCCGGGGUCCUUUCGACUUCUUCGGCACCAACAUUCUCUGGUCCAUCCUCACCGUCGGUGUCAUGUUCGAAUACACUGUAGGGACAACCUUGUACCGCGGAUUCAAUCGAGCCAUCGGAACUUUGGUGGCCGGAAUCUUCGCUAUCUUCGUUAUUGGAUUAACCAUCGUUGGUGGUCCUCGAGGCGAGCCUUAUGUUAUUGCCAUCAGCAUCUUCCUUGUAGGAGCCGCCACUUCCUUCGUGAAGCAGUGGCCUUCCUUUGUCACAUACGAGUACGGCUUUCGCGUCACCCUCUUCACCUUUUGCCUCAUCGUGCUCUCUACGUAUCGCUUGGAGAACCCAAUCCGGACCGCCAUGGAGCGCCUAUACUCGAUUUCGAUAGGUGCGGCUGUCGCCGUCGGUGUCAAUGUGCUCGUCUUGCCGGCGUGGGCCGGCGAGCAGCUGCACGACGAGCUUGUGGACGGCUUCUAUUCUGUCGCAGAGUCGCUCGAAGAAUGUGGGAAGAGGUAUUUCAGCGGAGAAGGAUUGGAACAGACUACUGGUGUACAGUGCAAGAUGGCCAAUGAGUUCCCCGCCGAUCUUGCGCACUGGAAAUGCCGAGCCAUGUUGAAUUCUUCUGCAAGGAUGGACUCUUUGGCGAUUUGGGCGAAAUGGGAACCGCCGCAUGGAAGAUUCAGGCACUACUACCACACUUGGUCGGAGUACGUAAAAGUCGCGGCCGUACUCCGGCACUGCGCCUACGAAGUCAUGGCGCUUUAUGGCUGUUUGAGAUCGGAGAUUCAGGCUCCGAGCGACCUUCGAAUUACAUUCCAGAAGGAGAUCCUCGAGGCGGUCGUCGACGCAGCAGAACUCCUCCGAAGCUUAGCAGGUGACAUCAGCAAUAUGAAGCACAGUCCUCAACUGGACCGCCUCAGGUGCGUGCAUGUCUCUGGCGACCGCCUGCAGCGUUCCCUUGACCUCCAGUUCCACCUUCUUCUUAUCUCCCAAAAUUCUGGACCAUGCCCGGCUGAUACAGUACGACUGGCACAGCCGCGGUGGUCGUACCAUGAGGCGAUGAGGAAGCAGAACCGGCGGCUCUCUUCAUGGCCGUCGAGGGACGUGGACGAGCUGGAGGACGACAGAGGUGAGGGUGGGCCGAGGAUGCGGGCGGCAGAAAGCUCGGCGUCGCUUUCGCUCGCUACCUUCGCGCUGUUGCUCGUCGAGUUCGUGGCUCGACUCGACCACCUCGUGGAAGCGGUCGACGAGCUGGCUGCGACCGCUAAGUUUAAGUAGGAGACGUCGUUAAUUUGAUAGGUGUCCCGCACCCAAAUGGGUGGUGGUCGCAGGUGUGGUUUGACAUGAGCGCCUGAUAAUUCACCCAAAUUUAUUUUUGGCCAGAUUUUAAGACCUACUUAUUUAUUGUGGGUCAAAUAAAAAAGAUAGAUUUUAAUAAUAGAUGUAAAAUUCAGCUUAAUUCCUCCUC